AUGGCCAAGCACUACCGUACAUCUCCUGCAUUCAAGCGCUUCAUCCGCUCAGCAUCGAACAGCCACAGACGAGUCGCCGACAACGAGAUGCCGGCCCAAGACGAGCGCACCAGCCUGCUCAAUGGCAAUAUCAAUACUUCCGGAGAGAAUACAUGGAGCGCAGUCUUUGCGAAGUCGUCCACGCCUGGAGACCAGAGCGAAAAUCCAUUGGUCCGGUACCCUGCGACAGUGUUCACGAUUACGAAGAUUACGCUGCUGAGCAACUACGUGAACGUCCUCCUGGUCUUCGUGCCACUUGGAAUAGUUGCUGGUGCGACGGGAUGGGAUCCAGUGACGGUCUUCGCGCUCAACUUCUUUGCCAUCAUGCCAUUGGCGGCGGUUCUCUCUUUUGCCACUGAGGAAAUAUCUAUGAAAUUGGGACAGACGCUGGGAGGACUGAUGAAUGCGACAUUUGGCAAUGCCGUUGAACUCAUUGUGUGUAUCGUUGCUCUCCGCAAUGGCGAAAUCCGCAUUGUCCAGUCCAGCAUGCUGGGCAGCAUCCUCUCCAACGUCCUCCUCGUCCUCGGCUGCUGCUUCGUGGCCGGCGGCAUCCACAACACGCGCACCGGCACCGUCCAAGGAAUCGAGCAGAGGUUCAACUCGACAGCUGCAGGCACAAUGUCAUCACUGCUAAUCCUUGCCUCGGCAUCCCUAAUCAUCCCUGCCACGCUCUACACCGUCAUCGCCGGUUCCAGCGCCAACACGGAGGACACCAUGCUCUUGCUUUCCCGCGGCACCGCCAUCAUUCUGCUGGUUCUAUACGCCCUAUACCUUACCUUCCAGCUCCGCACCCACGCCAACCUUUUCAACGCCGAGCACGAGGCCGGCACCGAGACGGAUGACGAGGAGCACGACCUUGAGGAGCCGCAGAUGAGCCCUUGGGCUGCUACCUUCGUUCUGAUCGUUACCACCAUCGCCGUUGCCAUCUGCGCCGAUUACCUUGUGGACAGCAUCGAUGCUCUCGUUGCCAAAAUUCACGUUUCGAAGACGUUCGUGGGUCUCAUCCUGCUCCCUAUCGUCGGCAACGCCGCCGAGCACGUCACGGCUAUUGUAGUGGCGUUGAAGGAUAAGAUGGACUUGGCAAUGGGUGUUGCGGUUGGAAGCUCUAUGCAGAUUGCCUUGCUCGUGACACCGUUCUUGGUGGUUCUGGGGUGGAUUAUUGAUCAGCCAAUGACGCUGCACUUCGAGACCUUCGAGACAGUUGUAUUCUUCCUGAGCGUUCUCGUUGUCUCAUCAGUUAUCGUUGAUGGGUCCUCGAAUUAUAUGGAAGGCUCCAUGCUCCUUGGACUCUACAGUAUAAUCGCCCUCGCCUUCUAUGUAUUUCCUGAUGACACGGCUGAAAUCACGCCACCGUUGCUUAGGCGUUGGUGGGGAGAGUAA